AUGGGCGAAACACCUCUUCAUGCGGCUGCAAAGUUUGGGCAUCUGGGCAUAGCAGAGGAGUUUCUGAGAUUAGUUCCACAAAAAUAUCUCGAGAUACGCGAUGCUUAUUAUAACAAUACUCCGCUUGCAAUAGCUGUUUCACAUAGUGAACUCAUCCCGGUUGCAGCAUGCUUGAUCAACAAAAAUAAAAAGGCACUUGCAAUUCCAAGUGAAGAUUGGCAGAUUCCUGUUACCAUGGCUUUUGAUUCUGGCCAUAAGGAAAUGGGACGUUAUCUUUAUUCUGUCACUCCUCUGGAAGUCUUCAAACCAAAAAACCGCACUGUGGGGCCUGCUUUUCUCGCUAACUAUAUUGCCUUGCAUUUGCUCCAACGAUGCACGGAGCUGCUUUUUGCUACUGACUUGGACGAGGAACCAACAAUUCAGAAUAUUGCACGCUAUCUUCCUAAUACUCUGAAGAAAAGUCAACUUCCAUUCUGGAAGCGAUGGCCCUAUCACUCUUAUGUUUUCUUUGAUCACUUCUGGGUGGAAGAUAUGAAAAUACCAUCAACCGCAACGACUGGGCAUUUCUGCGUAGGUAUUCAGCAAGAAGGCGAAAGCAACAAAGCCGGUCAAGGAAUGAGGGAAAUAUACAAGAUGAAGGUGCAGCAUGCACAAGCAGCUGAAAUUCUAAAUCUAGUUUGUGAAGAUAUGAUAUAUUUGAAUAAAGUAAAGAAGAAUAUGGUUGGAAAAGCAAUGAUUGCUGCAGCUAAAGCAGAGAAUGUUGAGUUUUGUUUGCGAGUAACGAAGGCAAACCCAGAAUUAAUCACGCUAGUCACUUUUGGCUACCCAGACUUGCCCUUUUUCUUCGAUGCUGUUAAAUAUCGUAGAUCUGAGAUUUUCAAUCUCCUCCAUGGUUUUCGCUUUAAGAAUGUGGCGGUGACAUUAGUUGAUCAUGAGAACUUAGAUAACUUGCUGCAUGUGGCAGCCAUGUUAUCUCCUUCUUCCUACCUUAACUGCAUCCCCGGGACCGCAUUGUAG